GGAAGGCUGGGAAGAGAACGCAUGGGUUGGGCUUUCUCUUUUUUUGGCCGGUGCUGACCGCCGGUCUUGCUUGCAGUUGGUUAUUAUGGAUUCAAUCAUUAUUCAGGAACGAUUAGUCGAGCGGCUGCUUUCUCCCAGGACUCAGCUCCAGAGAAGCCACUCAGUGAAGCUGAAGGACCAUGAAAAGCAGUAUGUGGGGUUUGCCACCCUGCCCAACCAGGUGCACCGAAAAUCCGUGAAGAAGGGCUUUGAUUUCACUCUCAUGGUAGCAGGAGAAUCGGGUCUGGGCAAAUCGACUUUGGUGAACAGCUUGUUCCUGACAGACCUCUACAAAGACCGGAAACUUCUCAACGCGGAGGAAAGAAUCAGUCAGACAGUAGAGAUUGUGAAACACACGGUGGACAUUGAGGAGAAGGGGGUGAAGCUGAAGCUAACGAUAGUCGACACGCCAGGGUUUGGAGAUGCCGUCAACAACACUGAAUGUUGGAAGCCUAUCACAGAUUAUGUCGACCAGCAGUUUGAACAGUACUUCCGGGAUGAGAGCGGCCUCAAUCGGAAGAAUAUCCAGGACAACCGCGUCCACUGCUGCCUGUACUUCAUCUCCCCGUUUGGCCACGGGCUAAGGCCAGUAGACGUGGAGUUCAUGAAGGCUCUUCAUGAGAAAGUCAAUAUUGUGCCCCUCAUUGCCAAAGCCGACUGCCUAAUCCCUUCAGAGAUCAAGAAGCUAAAAGAGCGGAUCCGUGAAGAGAUCGACAGGUUUGGAAUAAAAGUUUAUCAGUUUCCAGAGUGCGACUCAGAUGAAGACGAGGAAUUCAAGCAACAAGACAGAGAGUUAAAGGAGAGCGCUCCCUUUGCAGUCAUUGGCAGUAAUACGGUGGUGGAAGCGAAAGGCCAGAGAGUACGAGGGCGGCUCUACCCCUGGGGCAUCGUAGAAGUGGAAAACCAAGCACACUGUGACUUUGUGAAGCUGCGGAAUAUGUUGAUCCGGACGCACAUGCAUGACUUGAAGGACGUAACUUGUGACGUCCACUAUGAGAACUACAGAGCACAGUGCAUACAGCAGAUGACCAGAACUGGAGAAGUAGAUCAAUGCAAACUGGCUCAAGACAACAGGAUAGAGAGCCCCAUUCCGAUUCUGCCUCUACCUACGCCAGAUGCUGAAACGGAGAAGCUGAUCAAGAUGAAGGAUGAAGAGUUGCGAAGAAUGCAGGAGAUGCUGCAGAAAAUGCAGCAGCAGAUGCAAGACCAGUGAGAGGAAGCAGGCUGGGAGGGCAAAGGGAAUCGGCCUCGCUGCCACCAGCAGGAAGCCUGGAUCCUCUAGCAAGGACUUUUCCCUGUGCGUGGGGACGUGUGAGCAAGAGCGGCGCCUUCUCUCAUUCAACAGUAGCACCCUUUGCCAGCGAGUUGCCCAAGAGGUGGACAGGGAAAGAGGUCAGGUCACCGAAAGCCCCUCCCAAGUUCGGAGUACAUCUUCAAAGGCACCUCGCUAUUGUAUUUCUCUCUCCUUUUUUAAAGAAAAAAACCCCAUCCAUUUCUCAAGUCUUUCCCUAGAUGUACUCAAGUCUUGUUUAGGGAACUCCUUGGUGUUUAAAGUCAUUGUUUCUACGGCUCAUGAGUCCGAGGACUCUGUGUAAAUGCACGUACAUGUUUACUUCUAACCAAGGUGCUGCGGUCCUCCUCCUGUCCCCUCGGAUCUCCAUUUAUCCUCCGCCUCUCGGAGGCGAUGUGGGGCCAGCAAGUAGCUCAGAACCAGUGGUCACAAGACGGUUCUAGUCUGACCCAUCACCUGAGGGAUUCUGUGGUUUUCCUGCCAGUUUGUAGCGGAUGAGCAGAAAGGGUAUGGAGAUCUUCGGGUGAAUGCUGGUUGGAUUGGGGAGGGGUGGUUUUCAAAAGGUUCUCAGAAACAUUCCUGACUUUUUUUUUUCCUACUAAGAAACUCAAGGCUCUUUUGCACUUGGGGGACGGUGGCAGAGGCCUGCUUUGAGGGCUCUUACUACAAAACAGCUCCCACUGCCCCGUCUUAGGUGGAAUAGGGUACCCCAGAGAGAUGUGUUUCCAAUGGCAAGGAAAAAAGUAACCUGGAGGUUUUGUGACAUUCCAUCAUGCUAGUCUGUGUUCACUUUCUUGCCAAACAUGGCACAGACUGGAUUCCCAGGGAAUGCUAUGAACUGGUUCAUACGCUGCUGAGUGGAUUCUCUCAGUGCACUUUUCCAAGGAACUGUUUUGGGUCCCUUUCAGGGCUUCCUGUGAAUUCCAUCUAGAGCAGACACUGCAGCAACACAGGUUGGUCUGCCAGCCUCAGGUUGCAUUGUGGAAUUGAAAGUGGUUGACUAAAAAUGGCAUUGCUUCUGUCCGGUCCACUGGUACAAACAUUUAUUGUGGAAAUGCUUGGUGUGUUUGUUGCUUUUGGCUCAGUCAGGUUGUGUCAUGGAUUUUGUAGUUUUAAGGCUCCAUGUAGUUAAUAACUACAAAGCGCAUGAUGCAGUUCAACUCUGAGCAAAACAGUAUGUGAGAAUUACAUUGCCUUUUCGUGCAGAAGAUUAUACAGUCUAGAAGGGAGUGAGAUGGGUAGCAAAAUACACAUGCAGAAAACACUCAUAGUCUGUAAUUGAAAUGCACACUUGUAAAUAUUGGAACUACGGCUGUACAAGCAAAAGCCAUUGAAAACUGGCAAGGCAAGCAGAUUUUCUACACUGGCAUGUGAAAAUGUUUUUAAGGGGCUGUUCUUCCUGGGCAUGUCGCUGUCCUCCUAAGGCCAGGGAUUGUUUCUGUCUUGCGUCGCAUUUUUCACCAAGAAAACUCAACAUGCUGUAUGCAGAAUGAAUUACGCCGCUCAGUUGCAACAUAUGUAUGUAUUUCUGU